CCACUCGCUGUUUACUAGUUGAGUCUGAGAGUACGCGAGGCUACGAUCUUUGUUUCAAGGGAAAGAAGCCAGUGUGACCGAGCUGGUUUACCACUGUUGUUGUUUAUUUCUGCGACAAUGCUGGCACUGCCCCAAGGGCUGCCACUGGAAUUCUGAGUGCCAGACUGGACGUCCCGGGACGCUGGGUAGCGUUCAAUGUCCUCAGGAGUUAUUCAAGCAUGCCUGGGAUUAAUGUGCACGAGUCAUCACCGUUUCUUCUUGUGUUCCUGCUUGGCUAUUGUCUCGCUGUUAUAGAAGGUGAGCUUCGCUGCUACUGUAAUGAGUCGGGCUGCGUGUCCACCUCCUACAUGUGCAAGUCCAGCGCCGGCCAGUGCUACACGGCGGUCGAGGUCCGGGGCGAGGUGACCCACCAGACCCACGGGUGCCUGGACCACCUCCCCGAGGAGCAGCAGGCCUCGUGCCGGGAGAGCGUUGACGUCAUCAGCGCCUCGGGGAAAGGGCCGGUCACCCUGCCGCUGCUGCUCUGCUGCACCGACCACAUGUGCAACUACAUCCGGGACGACUUCGACGUCAGCAUCAUCCUGACGCCAAAGUACAACGGCACAUUCCACAGAGGUACGGCACCAACAGGGGAAGAUAACCCAACGUAUUCCAAAAACAACCACGGGAAUCGGGACGACGACCGUGACCUCUGGUUCAAGGCCGCGGUCAUCGCUGUGCCAAUCGCCGGGGGAUUCAUCCUCGUGCUCCUGGUGUUGCUGGCAGUGCGCAUGCUCAGGACGGACUCACGGUACCAACGGCGGUUCAACCGUCGAGAGCGGAGCCUGACCAAGGCACACAUGUACAUUGCCGAGCACUUCGUCGGCAAGACCGGCAAGCAGCCGUGCUCGCUGUUCACGGAGAAGCCGAGCAAACACUGCCCGACCUUCUACGCCGACAUCGCCGGGCCGGACAGCCGCUGCGGCAACGUGUGUCCGACGCUGCGCUACGGCGACAUCUACAGCAACCACUGCAGCUACGCCGUGCACGGCGAGGGCAGCGACGUGCCCACGGACUCUUCCGCCGCCCUUCACGGUGUCGACCGAGCCGGCAGCAGCGCCAUCUGUCACCAUAGCAACAGCUCGUUGCCGUGCAGCUCUUCCGGUUGCUACAGUGACGCGUCCAGCCAUUCUUGCUCAACCAAGGCGGAGAACUGUGUGCACUGUCAACUUAGUCACAGCACCAUCAAACCGUGUUCUUUCUAUUCACUGACUGACCCCGUGUCUAAAGCCCCCUGCUUGAGGCGGGACGUGACCGUUAAAAUAGACAGGUUCCCUCAUAUGGUGCCACGGUUCACCAAAUCGGAAAUUUCCAGUCCGGUGUCCAACCCUGGACACGCCCACUCGUCGGUGGUGACGUGGAAUAAAGUGUGUGAGCAGGGGCCGGCAUCCGUUGUGUGAUACACUGACCAGCAAGAUUUGAACGGUCAGCAAACUUAAGCAUGGAUCUAACCCCAGGGGUAAUCGCUAGUCUAAGCCACAAGACACUAACCCAGGGGCCAGCCGAACAGACAGUCCACAUGCAACACGUGAUACAAGCAACUCUACAUAACGGUACAAUACCAGUUGCUUGUGUUCGCUUGAUACAAGCAACUCCACAUAACGGUACAGUACCAGUUGCUUGUGUUAGCUUGAUACAAGCAACUCCACAUAACGGUACAAUACCAGUUGCUUGUGUUCGCUUGAUACAAGCAACUCCACAUAACGGUACAGUACCAGUUGCUUGUGUUAGCUUGAUACAACCAACUCUACAUAACGGUACAAUACCAGUUGCUUGUGUUAGCUUGAUACAAGCAACUCUACAUAACGGUACAGUACCAGUUGCUUGUGUUCGCUUGAUAGCACCUCCCUAUUGGCUCUGUGAGCCGGAUUAUAGAUUGAAAUACAAAACUGAAUUCUUUGAAAUACAAAGCUGAACGCCUGACUUCAUAAAAAUACAAAGCUGAACUCCUGACUUCAUAAAAAUACAAAGCUGAACGACUGAAUUCAUUGAAAUACAAAGCUAGACAAGUAAUUUCACCGAACUAAUGACUAUAUGGCAUGGGUUAAUUUUUUAAAUAAGUCUUUUCGCUUUCUAUUCAGUUUGGUAUUUAUAAUUUUAUUUAUAUCACAAAUAUCUAAUUGUAAGUUUAUGAGUCAAAGUUCGAGCGCUGUCCAGUUAGAACAGUUAGACAACCACGUCUUAAUGACAAAACACGAACGCACGUGUUUUCAAAAAUAAAUCUGUGUCUGAAAGAAACCACAAAGAAAAGCUCAGAAUAAUAACACACAGCUGACAUUAAACCACAACAGGAAAAAAAAAACUUUGUUCGAAUUCCCAUAAUUUCAGACACUUUCAUUAAAUUUUUUAACUUGUAAGAAUCGACAAACGGCCGCAUGUUGUCAGCUGUUAGAUCUAACUCUCAUCAAAAGGAGACAAGUGCUAACGAAAAUGGAAGUUUUCUUUUUUCUCGGCGCUGAAGAGGGCACUUAAGAUGGCGAGAGAGAAGGGGGAGCUACUCUUCCAGUCUGCUGCCAUUGACGGCUAGGAAUCUAACGGCUCAGAGAACUCAGAUAUUCGAUGCCUUGUUUAAAAAAUACAUAUACACUUUUUAAAAACAAAUCAUAGCAAAUUUAGUACACAUAAUAUAAGCGACCGUUGAUAGGUUUUAUUUAUUAAUGAGAUCUUAAUGAGUGAGCACAGCCUUCACGCCUUCUCUAAAUGCCAAAAACAAAUGGGCUAAUGAAGUUUUACAAACUAUCGUCUAAUUAUAAUUAAUUGUAUGUAAUUAUAUCCUUAUCAACUUGUGAUUGUAAAUAGAAAUACUUUUUUUUUAAUCGUGAUGAAUUUUUACCGUUUAUUUGUUUUGAGUUGAUCUCUGCAUAUCAUUUUAUGACCGAUUAGUUUAGAGAUGUAGUCUUGCUAAGGCUUCUUUAAGAAAAUAUUUAGUGAUUGUUUCUUUACUUUUAUCAAAUGAGGUGACUUCGCUUAACUUUUAAAAAAAUAAGUUUACCCAUUUCGGGUGUCGUUAGGAUACUUUUAGAGAUUAAAAAUACUUACAAACCUCUGGUUUGAUUAACUGUAAGAGUUAAAUUCAAGAGCUUAAUAGACAUUUGUGCGUAGUAUAAAAAUAAAAAAAAACAACAUAACGUUGACAGGUUUAUUAACGAAACAAAGAGCAAAUUAUUAAUUGAAACAGGGUCUUGUUUCUGGAUUUAAAAUUAAUUCGUUUUUAAACACCGGGUUGUUGAAAAUAAUCGAUUUCUCCACAUUUUUAUGUUUCGCCUAGUUCUUUUUCAUUAGUGUCGAAUUAUUAAUUUUCUGCUAGAGAUUUGGUCGCUUUUUUGUUUUGUUUUUACAACCAGAAAUGACUUGCAAAAUACUGCCGGUCCAUUUUCACCUCCCUUUCCUCCCCUCCCCCCCAACCUUUCAGCGUUCCCUACCCCAUUAGAUUUUUCUAGAUC